GGGUUGCUGCCGGAGCCCAGCGCCGCCGAGCCGGGCGGGUCGGCUGCGCGUCCAGCGGCUGGCUGCCGGAGGAGCCGAGCGCAGCGGGGUCGGAACUGCUCAAGAGCGCCGAGCCAGGGGUCGGGGGUCGGGGGCCGGGGGCCGGGGGGCCGCUCCAGCGCGGUGGCCCCAUUCCCGGACGGGCCGCCGGCCCGCCUGGCUCGCCCCUGCCGCUUCGCGCCGCCGGGAGCCGGGAGCCGCCAGGAACCCGCACCUGCGCCCGAAGCCGGGAGGUCUUCUCCCCAGCCUGCCUGUGGAGGGGCCCACCAUGGUGGCCCCCAGACCCCUGGCCGUGUCGCUGUUGCUGCCCAGCCUCACCCUGCUGGUGUCUCAUCCCUCCCGCUCCCAGGACGUCUCCGGUGAGCCCAGCAGUGAGCAGCAGCUCUGCGCCCUGAGGGAGCACCCCACCGUGGCCUUUGAAGAUCUGAAGCCAUGGGUCUCUAACUUCACCUACCCCGGUGCCCGAGAUUUCUCCCAGCUCGCUCUGGACCCCUCCAGGAACCAGCUCAUCGUGGGAGCCAGGAACUACCUCUUCAGACUCAGCCUUGCCAAUGUCUCCCUCCUUCAGGCCACGGAGUGGGCCUCCAACGAGGACACACGCCGCUCCUGCCAAAGCAAAGGCAAGACCGAGGAGGAAUGUCAGAACUACGUGCGAGUCCUGCUUGUCACCGGCCGGAAGGUGUUUCUGUGCGGGACCAAUGCCUUCUCCCCGCUCUGCACCAGCAGACAGGUGGGGAACCUCAGCCGGACCCUGGAGAAGAUCAACGGGGUGGCCCGCUGCCCCUAUGACCCACGGCACAACUCCACAGCCGUCAUCUCCUCCCAGGGCGAGCUCUACGCCGCCACGGUCAUUGACUUCUCCGGUCGGGACCCUGCCAUCUACCGCAGCCUGGGCAGCGGGCCGCCGCUCCGCACUGCCCAGUACAACUCCAAGUGGCUCAAUGAGCCAAACUUCGUGGCAGCUUAUGACAUCGGGCUGUUUGCCUACUUCUUCCUGCGGGAGAACGCAGUGGAGCACGACUGUGGGCGCACGGUGUACUCGCGCGUGGCGCGCGUGUGCAAGAACGACGUGGGCGGCCGCUUCCUGCUGGAGGACACGUGGACCACUUUCAUGAAGGCGCGGCUCAACUGCUCCCGCCCGGGCGAGGUGCCCUUCUACUACAACGAGCUGCAGAGUGCCUUCCACCUGCCCGAGCAGGACCUCAUCUAUGGCGUCUUCACCACCAACGUAAACAGCAUCGCCGCUUCUGCCGUCUGCGCCUUCAACCUCAGUGCCAUCUCUCAGGCAUUCAAUGGCCCAUUUCGCUACCAGGAGAACCCCAGGGCUGCCUGGCUCCCCAUCGCCAACCCCCUCCCCAACUUCCAGUGCGGCACCCUGCCCGAGACCGGCCCCAACGAGAACCUGACCGAGCGCAGCCUGCAGGACGCACAGCGCCUAUUUCUGAUGAGCGAGGCCGUGCAGCCGGUGACGCCCGAGCCCUGCGUUACCCAGGACAGCGUGCGCUUCUCCCACCUCGUGGUGGACCUCGUGCAGGCCAAGGACACGCUCUACCACGUGCUCUACAUCGGCACCGAGUCUGGCACCAUCCUGAAGGCGCUGUCCACGGCGAGCCGCAGCCUGCGCGGCUGCUACCUGGAAGAACUGCACGUGCUGCCCCCCGGGCGCCGCGAGCCACUGCGCAGCCUGCGUAUCCUGCACAGCGCACGCGCGCUCUUCGUGGGGCUGAGCGAGGGCGUGCUGCGCGUGCCGCUCGAGAGGUGCGCCGCCUACCGCAGCCAGGGGGCGUGUCUGGGGGCGCGAGACCCAUACUGUGGCUGGGACGGGAAGCAGCAACGUUGUAGCACGCUUGAAGACAGUUCCAACAUGAGCCUCUGGACCCAGAACAUCACAGCGUGUCCUGUGCGGAAUGUGACCCGGGAUGGAGGCUUUGGCCCAUGGUCACCAUGGCAACCAUGUGAGCACUUAGAUGGGGACAACUCCGGCUCUUGCCUGUGUCGGGCACGAUCCUGUGACUCCCCACAACCUCGCUGUGGGGGCCUUGGCUGCCUGGGGCCAGCCAUCCACAUCGCCAACUGCUCCAGGAAUGGGGCGUGGACGCCAUGGUCAUCCUGGGCGCAGUGCAGCACGUCCUGUGGCAUCGGCUUCCAGGUCCGCCAGCGGAGUUGCAGCAACCCUGCCCCCCGCCACGGGGGCCGCAUCUGCGUGGGCAAGAGCCGUGAGGAGCGGUUCUGUAACGAACACACGCCCUGCCCGGUGCCCAUCUUCUGGGCCUCGUGGGGCUCAUGGAGCAAGUGCAGCAGCGACUGCGGGGGCGGCGUGCAGUCCCGGCGGCGGGCCUGCGAGAACGGCGACUCCUGCCCGGGCUGCGGCGUGGAGUUCAAGACGUGCAACCCCGACGGCUGCCCCGAGGUGCGGCGCAACACGCCCUGGACGCCCUGGCUGCCCGUGAACGUGACGCCGGGCGGGGCGCGGCAGGAGCAGCGCUUCCGCUUCACCUGCCGCGCGCCCCUGCCGGACCCUCACGGCCUGCAGCUGGGCAGGAGGAGGACGGAGACAAGAACGUGUCCCGCGGACGGCUCCGGAGCCUGCGACACGGACGCCCUGGUGGAGGACCUCUUGCGCAGUGGGAACGUUGGCCCGCACGCGCUGAGCGGGGGCUGGGCGCCCUGGGGCCCGUGGUCAUCCUGCUCCCGGGACUGCGAGCUGGGCUUCCGCGUUCGCAAGAGGACCUGCACGAACCCCGAGCCGCGCGCUGGAGGUCUGCCGUGCGUGGGCGACGCCGCCGAGUACCAGGACUGCAACCCUCAGGCGUGCCCAGUCCGGGGAGCCUGGUCCUGCUGGACCUCGUGGUCCCCAUGCUCAGCCUCCUGUGGCGGGGGCCACUACCAGCGCACUCGCUCCUGCACCAGCCCCGCGCCCUCUCCUGGCGAGGACGUCUGUCUCGGGCUGCACACGGAAGAGGCGCUGUGUGCCACGCAGGCCUGCCCAGAAGGCUGGUCGCCAUGGUCCGAGUGGGGUGCGUGCGCUGAGGAUGGAGCCCAGAGCCGCAGCCGGCACUGUGAGGAGCUGGCACCGGGGCCCGGUACCUGUGCUGGGAACAGCAGUCAGAGCCGCCCCUGCCCCUACGGCGAGAUUCCUGUGAUCCUGCCUGCCUCCAGCAUGGAGGAGGCCACCAGCUGUGCAGGGUUCAGUCUCAUCCACCUGGUGGUCACCGGUGUCUCCUGCUUCCUGGGCUCCGGGCUCUUGACCUUGGCUGUGUACCUGUCCUGCCAGCACUGCCAACGCCAGUCCCAGGAGUCCACACUUGUCCAUCCCGCCACCCCCAACCACCUGCACUACAAGGGUGGGGGCACCCCUAAGAACGAGAAGUACACACCCAUGGAGUUCAAGACCCUGAACAAGAAUAAUUUGAUCCCCGAUGACAGAGCCAACUUCUACCCAUUGCAACAGACCAAUGUGUACACAACCACCUACUACCCAAGCCCGCUGAACAAACACAGCUUCCGACCCGAAGCCUCACCUGGACAACGGUGCUUUCCCAACAGCUGAUACCACCGUCCUGGGCUCUUGGGCUCCUUGCCUUCAUAAGGCACAGAGCAGGUGGAAGUGGGACCAUGGGGCCAGUUUGCUUUUCUCCCUCGGCACUAGACCAAGAACUUGCUGCCUUGCCCGUGGGGGUCCAUCUGACUUCAGGGAGCACUGGCUGGCAGUGACCAUGGGGGCGAGGGCCGGCUCAGUCCAGGUCUCUCAUGGCUUCCUCGCGACCCACCAUUGUGCUGACCCUUCCCCUGCCAUGUCUGGGCUGCGGACCUCCUGGCAUGUGAGGAAUUGGAGAGUGGAGAUGGCCAAAGGGCAGUCUCUUAGGUUUGGGUUGGAAAUGACUUCCUGUGGCCACCGUGAGCUGAGUGUGGCCCUCCCUGGCCAGCCCUAAGAAAGGCCUGGUUAUCUACAUCCUGAUUAUCCCUGAAAGGAACUAAUUCAAGGGCCCAGUAGAUCUUGGAUCUCUGCCCAGGGCUGGGCCAUUGUGGUGCUGCCCCAGUGUGACAAAGAGGAGCAGGGCUGGUCCAGGUUGCCCACCUCUGCCUCGCAGUCCGUACUUCCCCCCAGGGACAUCCCUCUGGUCAGAGGCAGUGAGGACUGGGAACUGGGGGCUGAUCUUGGCUGAGAAGCCCCCUCCUUUGGGCUGGCACAGGCCAUACCCUUUGCCCCCUGUGAAUCCACAAAAGGUGACCAAGGAGAAAGGAAGGCUCCCGGCCGGUGGAGGCAGGGCUCUGGCCUCUGUGGCUCCCUGGAGACUGUCUUGCAGUUGCUGCUCACCGGAGUGGAAGCUGAGACCUGCCUGGGAGUCUGCUGGCCCCUCAUCUGUUCAGGAACACACACACACACACACAUGCACAUACACAUACAUGUGUGUGUGCACACACGCACACAAUCCCUAUCUGCUACUACAGCCGAAAAGGGUGCUGGGCUGUGGCGUUAAUUAAAGAUGCUGUCCAGUCUCCAAAUGUAA